CGCUACGCUACGUUGAAGAAUAAGAAGAAAAAGGACAGACGAAGGGGAUGGAGAAAUACGAGCUGGUGAAGGAUAUAGGAUCGGGGAAUUUUGGGGUGGCCAGACUCAUGCGCCACAAAGACACCAAAGAGCUCGUUGCCAUGAAAUACAUUGAACGCGGUCACAAGAUUGAUGAGAAUGUUGCGAGGGAAAUAAUAAAUCAUAGAAGUCUUCGCCACCCCAACAUCAUUCGCUUCAAGGAGUUUUUCAGGUGGUUUUGACUCCCACACAUUUGGGUAUUGUUAUGGAGUAUGCUGCAGGUGGUGAGCUCUUUGAGCGGAUUUGCACUGCUGGAAGAUUCAGUGAAGAUGAGGCUCGCUAUUUCUUCCAGCAGCUCAUCUCGGGAGUUAGCUACUGUCAUUCCAUGCAAAUCUGCCAUCGAGACCUGAAGCUGGAGAACACCUUAUUGGAUGGAAGCCCUGCCCCACGGCUCAAAAUUUGUGAUUUUGGUUAUUCUAAGUCAUCUCUGCUUCAUUCAAGGCCUAAAUCAACAGUGGGGACUCCAGCCUACAUUGCCCCGGAGGUUCUUUCCCGUAGAGAAUAUGAUGGAAAGUUAGCUGAUGUAUGGUCCUGUGGAGUGACUCUUUAUGUAAUGCUGGUGGGAGCAUACCCAUUUGAAGACCAAGAGGAUCCCAAAAAUUUCAGGAAAACCAUCAAUCGAAUUAUGGCUGUUCAAUACAAGAUCCCAGACUAUGUUCAUAUAUCUCAAGACUGCAGACAUCUGCUAUCCCGCAUUUUUGUGGCAAAUGCAGCUAGGAGAAUCACCAUCAAGGAAAUCAAAUCCCACCCAUGGUUUUUAAAGAACUUGCCUAGAGAAUUAACAGAAGUGGCUCAAGCUGUCUACUACAGAAAAGAAAACCCAACCUUUUCUCUUCAGAGUAUAGAAGACAUCAUGAACAUUGUUGAGGAGGCCAAGACUCAACCUCAGGCAUCCAGGUCAAUUGGAGGGUUUGGCUGGGGAGAAGAAGAAGAUGAUGAAACAAAAGAAGAAGCAGGGGCUGAGGCAGAAGAUGAGUAUGAAAGGAGAGUUAAGGAGGCACAGGCUAGCGGUGAAUUUCAUGUCAGUUAAGAAGCGUUUAUUUCUAGAUAGAGCAAUAGAUUCUUGCUUUCCUUUGCACUUGGCCAAGUUCAACUAAGUUGAGUGUGUUUUGCUCGUAUGUAUAAAAUUCAGUUUUCCGUAUAGGACAUAUAGUUGAAUAAAUGUACAUUUUUUUAAUAUUGUACAAGGUUGUUAAUUGUGACCAUAUUGUAAGCUGUCCUUUUCGGUCUCCACCCUACUCUUCUCCCUAUUUAUCUCGCU